AUAUAACUAUAUAUUUCUAUUCUUUCUUCCUUUCCUUCUAAACUUAACAUUCUAUCUUCUUCUUCUUCUUCUUCUUCUUCAUUACCAUUUCUCCCUCUCCAAUGGAGCCCUUCCUCAACUGCAACUUGGAACUUUGUCUCUCUCCUCCUUCUUCCUCUCCCUCCACCAUCGCCGUCACCGCCACCAAUUCAACUUCAACUUCACAACACAACCAUCUCUCUCCUACUGAAGUCCCCAUACUCGAUCUCACCGAGCUUCAGGCGAGAGCGAUAAUAGUACGAGCGACGAGACAAAUGGAGGCUGAGAGAAGAUCGACGACACGUCGGAUCAGUUUACCGACGACGGAACAAAUAUCGAUGAAGAGCGGGGCCAGCCCCUCCAUGAGGAGAUCAUUGCAGAGGUUUUUACAAAAGAGAAAGCAUCGAACUCAAACACUUUCACCCUACACCCACUAACUUUUCAACUUUUAAUCAUCCUUCUUUUCUUCCCUUUAAUUUUGUCAUUUUUCUUUUUAGUUAGGAGCUGAGUUUGUGUUUGAUUGGAUUGUAUUGUACAUACUUCGAGCUUUCUCAAAUUUCCAAUAUAAUAUUACUCACAUUUCUCAAUUAUAUAUA